ACACUUGAACUCUUUUGAUAUAUAGCUCCACAUAAACAUGUUUUAGUAAGUAGCACCUAAUCUCUGGCCAAGUUUCUGAGCUCUGGAUUUGAAGAUGAAGCUGACAACAGUUGUCACUUGCUUUCUACUUUCAUCGAUGUGUUUACUAGCAUUAUUCACCUUCACCCAUCAGCCUCUUGAAAAAGGUCAAAAGUAUUCAAGAAGACCAAGGGAUAAACUGUUAGGAGGGCUGCUUACUGAAGAGUUUGAUGAAGAAUCUUGCUUGAGUAGGUACCAUUCUUCCUUUUAUCGCAAGCCAUCACCUCAUAAGCCUUCUCAAUAUCUUCUCUCCAAGCUUAGAAGCUAUGAGAUGCUUCACAAGCGUUGCGGCCCAGGCACAAAGGCUUACAAGGAAGCAACAAAGAUUCUUGGGCAUCAUGACAGCAUGAGUAGAUCCGUUGGUGAAUGCAAAUACAUUGUGUGGCUUGCUGUUUAUGGACUUGGAAACAGAAUCCUUACUCUUUCUUCUCUGUUCCUCUAUGCUCUCUUGACUGGGAGAAUCAUUCUUCUUGACCAACGCACCGACAUAAACUCUCUCUUCUGUGAGCCUUUUCCAGGUACUUCUUGGUUACUCCCUCUGGAUUUUCCAUUGACAGAUCAGUUAGAUAGCUUCAACAAGAAUGGUUCACAUUGUUAUGGAACAAUGUUGAAGAAUCAUACCAUCAAAUGGACUACGAGGGAUAAUAACAUCCCAUCUUACCUAUGUCUUUAUCUUAUUCAUGAUUAUGAGGAUCAUGAUAAGAUGUUCUUCUGUGAAAGAGAUCAAAACCUCAUCAGACAAGUCCCUUGGUUAGUCUUCAACGCAAACCUUUACUUUAUUCCAUCUCUAUGGUUGAUCCCUAGUUACCAAACCGAACUAAACAAACUAUUCCCACAGAGAGACACUGUCUUCCACCAUCUAGGUCGCUAUCUUUUCCACCCUACAAACAAAGUUUGGGGUAUGAUCACUAGAUCCUACAACACUUACUUAUCAAGAGCAGACGAGACACUUGGGAUUCAAGUACGAGUUCUAACCAAGCCAGCCGGUUACUUCCAGCACGUUAUGAACCAGAUCUUAGCCUGUACCAAAGGAGAGAAACUCUUACCUGAAGUAGCUGCAACAGAAUCAAAAGUUACUAAUACGUCAACAAGACCGAAACUCAUAUCCGUUCUUGUCACAUCUCUUUACCCGGAGUACUCGGAGAAUCUAAGGACCAUGUACUGGGAAGGCCCGAGCUCCACAGGAGACAUGGUCCAAGUUUACCAACCAAGCCAAGAAAUGUAUCAGCAAACGGACAAGAGGCUUCACGACCAAAAGGCACUCGCUGAGAUUUAUCUGUUAAGCCUAACUGAUAAACUUGUCACAAGCAACUCGUCUACGUUCGGAUAUGUUUCUCAAGGACUCGGAGGAUUAAGGCCAUGGAUACUUUACAAGCCAAAGAACCAGAAAAAUCCGUGUGUUAAAGCCAUAUCGAUGGAGCCAUGUUUCCUUAGAGCUCCGAUCUAUGGUUGUCAAGCUAAGACAGUGAAGAUCACCCGCUUCGUUAGGCCUUGUGAGGAUCGGCUCACAGGGCUUAAGCUAGUUGAUUCAGCCAAUGAACUUUGAUUGUAAGCUCAUCAUUGUUGCCAAAAAUCUAUAAAUAAAUAAUCACCAAAGAUUGUUAUAACGUCAUUAAGUUUUGUAAGGAUUAUAUUACAGGAGUUAAGCUAGUUGGUGAAUAUUGAUUUUAAUCCUUCACCAACUUCUAUGUUCAUCAUUGUAAAUCCUAAGA